UCGGUGCCAGGUCAUAAAAUCUAAAAAAAAAAAUUGUGCCGUAAUUUUUAUAGUUUGACAAAUGACACUUGACAGAUCUCCCUAAAAGUUCUUUUUCAUGGCUGUUUGUGAUCGCAGGUAGUCGCAGUCAUGAAGCUGAACGUUUCAUUCCCGGCAACGGGAUGUCAAAAGUUAUUUGAAGUUGUUGAUGAGCAUAAGCUCCGUAUCUUCUAUGAAAAGCGCAUGGGCGCUGAGGUGGAAGCGGAUCAGCUAGGUGAUGAAUGGAAGGGAUACAUUCUUCGUAUCGCCGGUGGUAAUGACAAGCAGGGAUUUCCCAUGAAACAGGGUGUCCUGACCAACAGCCGUGUGCGCCUGUUGAUGUCUAAGGGUCAUUCAUGCUACAGGCCUCGUCGAGAUGGUGAGAGGAAACGUAAAUCAGUACGUGGAUGCAUUGUUGAUGCUAAUCUCUCUGUACUGGCUCUAGUUAUUGUCCGAAAAGGUGCUCAGGAAAUUCCUGGACUUACUGAUGGGCAAGUGCCACGUCGUCUUGGGCCAAAGAGAGCAUCCAAGAUCCGUAAACUCUUCAAUUUGACUAAACAAGAUGAUGUCCGUCGUUAUGUUGUCAAAAGGCUACUGCCAGCAAAAGAAGGAAAGGAAAAUGCAAAACCAAGAUACAAGGCCCCCAAGAUCCAACGGCUAGUGACCCCUGUGGUACUACAGCGCAGACGCCAUCGCUUGGCACUCAAGAAGAAACGUGUGGUCAAACGUAAGGCUGCUGAAGCUGAUUAUGCCAAACUGCUGGCUCAAAGAAAGAAGGAAUCAAAGGUCCGCCGCCAAGAAGAACUUAAACGUAGGCGUUCAGCUUCAAUUCGGGACUCCAAGAGCUCAAGCACGAGUGCGCAAAAGUGAAUAGACUUUAUAAAUAAACCCUAUCCCUAAAAUA